GGAAAACAUGGAAUUCCAGGAAUGACAGGAGUUGCAGGAUCUCGAGGCCCUCCUGGUGAACCCGGUCGUUAUGGAUAUCCAGGGCCUCCUGGAGAAGGAGGAAUAAAUUCUGAAGGAGUAAAAGGAGCACGUGGAGAACCUGGAAUACCUGGAACACCCGGAUAUCCUGGCAAAGUAGGAACUCCUGGAUUGAAAGGCUAUCGUGGUGAUUUGGGUCCAUAUGGACCGCCUGGUUUUCAAGGUCCACCGGGAGAGAAAGGUCCGCCUGGACCCCCCGGAUUUUUGGCAAGUUCUUUAACAAGUCCCGAGGAAAGUGAAAUAGUGCAAGGACUUGCUGGUCAACCUGGAGAGAAGGGGGAGAAAGGUCGAGUUGGUCCAGUUGGCCCGCCAGGAAUGUUCGGUCUUGAUGGUCUUCCUGGUUAUCCGGGCCUUAAAGGCCAAAAAGGUGACUUUGGUGAUGCCGGAAAUAGAGGUAAAAAAGGCAAAGAUGGGGAUUUUGGCUCAAUGGGCAUAAAAGGAGAGAAAGGCACGGCAGGAUUGGCAGGAAUGCCUGGAUAUCCUGGGGAGAAAGGAAGUGCUGGUGAUCUUGGUCAUCCCGGAAGACAUGGCCCGGAAGGAGAUGCUGGCCCACCAGGGCCUUUCGGCGUUGGACAUGGGGCGCCAGGACCACGUGGAGUUCAAGGCGCUGACGGCAUACCAGGAGAAAGAGGCCCACCAGGAAAUAAUGGUCUAAUGGGCGCAGUCGGCUCGAGAGGUCCCGUAGGGGAGCCUGGACCGCCGGGCACGCCCGGUUUGCCCGGACAAAUUGGAUUUAGUGAGAAGGGUGAGCGAGGUGUUGACGGUUUUGCUGGCUAUUUUGGCGAACCGGGAAGACCUGGAGAGCCUGGUCCAGUUGGAAAACCUGGUGAACAAGGACUGCCUGGUUAUGAUAUUCAAGGGCCGCCAGGCUCUGAUGGUUUGCCAGGCUUAGAUGGACUGCCUGGUUUUCCUGGAGAUGUUGGUCAUACUGGCCCAACUGGCCCGAAAGGAUUUCCAGGAACUGGAGUGAACAAAGUCGGCCCUAUCGGUCAACCAGGAAUGCCUGGUUCACCUGGCGAUAAUGGACGAAUUGGUCUUGCUGGCAAACCUGGUCCGCCUGGAUUGCCAGGAUUUCGUGGCGAUGAUUGUGGAUUUUGUCAAGAUGGAAUACCUGGCGAAAAGGGAGAUCAAGGCGAUCGUGGGCAGGAUGGUUGGCGAGGGCAGCCUGGUCCUAAUGGAGUUAUUGGACAACAAGGACCGAAAGGAGCGCCCGGAAAAUUUGGACUGCCUGGCCCAAUGGGUUUACCUGGCUCUGAAGGUCUACCUGGACUUCCUGGCUAUCCCGGACUAAAAGGCGAAGCUGGUGAUGUUAUUGGCCCUCUUGAGAAUCCACCAGGUGUACCAGGAGAGAAAGGAGAGCGUGGAAUGUCGGGUCUGCCUGGACUUGUUGGUCUUCCCGGCAAAGAUGGAUGGCCGGGGCAGCCUGGAGCGAUGGGAGUCAUUGGUCCAGCUGGUGAAAAAGGUGUUGCCGGCAUACCUGGAAAACGAGGCCGUGAUGGACUGUUAGGAUUGCCCGGUCCACCUGGACCACCUGGAGAUUCAUUUCCUGGCUCACCAGGUGCACAAGGAUUUCAAGGAAUGCAAGGUGAUGCUGGCCUGCCAGGAUUGCCUGGACUACAAGGCAGCCCAGGGGAGAUGCCACCAAUUAUCGAAGAACUAUUUGACAUGUCAGAAAAACAUGGACGUCAAGGUCUUUCUGGAAUUCCUGGUGAAAAAGGCGAACGUGGUUUUCCCGGUCAGCCAGGCAUGCAAGGUCGUCCUGGUGCUGAAGGAAUCCCUGGAAUGCUUGGAGAACGAGGAUUGGAGGGAAUUCCUGGAAAGAAUGGACGUGCGGGACCGCCAGGACCUCGAGGGUUGCCUGGACGUCAAGGAUCGCCUGGAUUGGAAGGAAUAAAAGGAGGAAUUGGAGAAGAUGGGCCUGAUGGUCAGCCUGGCAUGCAAGGUGCCACAGGCGAACCCGGAUAUGGAUUGACAGGAUUGGCGGGCUACCCAGGAAGAAAAGGCGAAUCAGGCUUACCAGGUCCUGAUGGUCGGCCAGGACCUCAGGGAUUAGAAGGAAGACGAGGAGAACCGGGUCGUGAAGGAAUUAUUGGAAUGCCUGGGGAAAAAGGAGAGAAGGGACUUGCCGGUAUACCUGGAAAAGACGGUCGUCGCGGUGCUCCAGGGGUACCAGGACUAGAUGGUCAAAAAGGAGCAGCAGGCCAGCCUGGAAUCCCUGGUCGUUUUGGAGAAAAAGGAGAAAUUGGAGAUGCUGGAUUGCCUGGAAUUCCUGGCAAGGAUGGCUUCCCUGGUAAACCGGGCCAGGAUGGUGAAGAUGGAUCCAUUGGCUUCCCUGGUCUAAAUGGAGAACGUGGCGAACUUGGAAUGCCAGGAAUUGAUGGUCCAAUGGGUCUUCAAGGCCUUCCAGGAAGAGAUGGAUUUCUAGGACCAGAAGGGUUGACUGGUGAAGAUGGAUAUCCUGGACUUCCUGGAAAAGAUGGCAUCCCCGGCAUGCCUGGUGAUCGUGGAGAUGCAGGAUUACCUGGAGUUGCUGGAUUAAGAGGUGCUAAUGGCUUGCCUGGACAAUCUGGAUUGAUGGGAGAUGAUGGAGUGCCUGGACUUGAUGGAAUGACUGGUCCUAUGGGUGAAAGAGGAUUAAUAGGAUUAAAAGGAGGACCGGGUGUACCUGGAGCGAGCUCUCCUGGCCUUCCAGGGCCCAAAGGCCAACCUGGCGAAUAUGGCUUCGAAGGAAUUCAUGGUCAACCUGGUUUACCUGGUCUUCCUGGUCUCACUGGUUUGCCUGGAAUAAAAGGCGAAAUAGGCAUGUCUGGAUUGGUAGGAAAAUCUGGACUGGAUGGCUUGCCAGGAGUUCCUGGACCUAAAGGAGAUAUGGGCGAUGCUGGGUUACGUGGACUCGAUGGAAUAAAUGGAAUUGAUGGAUUACCUGGUAUUAAAGGAGAAAAAGGUCCACGUGGUGAUGUUGGAAUACCUGGACUUCAAGGAAUUCCUGGAUCUCAAGGAUUUGCAGGCCCGCCUGGAGAAGCUGGAUAUCCAGGAUUAAAUGGACCGCCAGGACCUAUAGGAAUGCCUGGCGAUGCCGGCUCUAUUGGUAUUCCUGGUCCACCCGGCGACGUUGGUCUAGAUGGUUUACCUGGAAUUAAAGGAAAUUGUGGCGAGGCUGGUGUGCCAGGCUUUCCAGGAUUACCUGGAAAGGAUGGGCUGCCUGGUCCUGAAGGCCCUCCAGGUGAUACUGGCCUUCCUGGCUUGGACGGAAGUGGAAUGAUUGGAAUAAUUGGAGAAAGGGGAGAUGAUGGCGUUCCUGGCCAUGAUGGAUCUCCUGGUCAAGUUGGGCCACGUGGCAUGCCUGGUGAAGUUGGAUAUCCUGGGGCUCCUGGAUUUCAAGGGGAGAGAGGCGAACCUGGACUUGAUGGAAUAUUGGGAGAACAUGGACUUCGUGGUAUUGAUGGAAAACCUGGUCGUAGAGGCCAAGAUGGAUUGCCUGGUCUAACCGGUCCACAAGGCUCUCCAGGACCUAAAGGCCAGCCAAAUUUGGAUGGACAAACUGGCUUUCCAGGAGGACCUGGUGGACCUGGAUUUCCUGGACAGAGAGGAGAUAUAGGCCCUGAGGGCAUUCGCGGAUUUCCAGGAGAUAAAGGCCCUGACGGCUUACCUGGCAUUGAUGGAACUAAAGGCGAAAGAGGAAUGCAGGGUCUUCAAGGGCUACAUGGUCCUAGAGGUUUGCCUGGCGAUCAAGGGCUUCCUGGCUUGCCUGGAAUUCAAGCACCAUUUAGCCUGGAAGAACAUUCACCACGCGGUUUACGCGGAGAAUAUGGUCAUCCUGGUAUAUCAGGCAUAAGAGGCCAGCAAGGCAUUACUGGUCUUCCUGGUCCACCAGGACCAGCUGGCUAUCCAGGCCGAAAAGGAGAAGUUGGAGAACAUGGACCUCCAGGUUAUCUGGGACCAAAAGGUGAAGCUGGAGUAAAUGGCAUACCUGGAGUUGUUGGACGCGAAGGCCGGCCUGGGGCACCUGGACCUGCAGGAUAUCACGGGCCACCUGGCGGCUUGGCUCCAUCUCGUGGCUUUACAAUAACCAGACAUUCUCAAAGCACACAAGUUCCAUCAUGUCCAGAUGGGAUGCAACAACUUUGGAGUGGUUAUUCACUUUUGUAUGUUCAAGGGAAUGGAAGGGCUGCUGGUCAAGAUUUGGGUACACCAGGCUCGUGUUUACCCAAAUUUUCAACGAUGCCAUUUGUAUUCUGCAAUCUAAAGGAAAUUUGCCAUUUUAGUAGCCGUAAUGAUUAUUCAUUUUGGCUGGGAACUGGAAAACCAAUGAAUCAAAUGAUGACACCUAUGACAGGUGAAGCUUUAAGAGAGCAUGUUUCUCGUUGUUCAGUUUGCGAAAGUCCUACACAGUCAAUGGCUGUUCAUUCACAAGAUAAUUACGUGCCUGAAUGCCCAUCUGGAUGGCAACCUUUAUGGAAAGGCUAUAGCUUUGCUAUGCACACCGCCGCCGGGGCUGAAGGAACUGGUCAAAAUUUUGAAUCUCCUGGAAGUUGUUUAGAAGAAUUUUAUUCUGUUCCUUUCAUUGAAUGUCAUGGAAAGGGCACUUGCAAUUACUAUGCCACAAAUCAUGGCUUUUGGUUGGCAGUUGUUGGACAACAAAAUCAAUUCCGAAAGCCAAUGCCUCAAACAUUAAAAGCUGGUGGACUUAAGGACAGAAUUUCGAGGUGCCAAGUCUGUCAAAAAAGCAGACAAAUUUGGCAAUAA